ACAACUUAUUCAGUAAACCCGACGUGGCCAAAUCCAAGAUGGCAGACGCCGAACAAUCUCUUGUAAAUGGUGUCACAAAUCUUAGUGUCAACGGCAAUGAAAAGAGCAAAGAAAGUGUAGACGAAUUUGCGAAAGGUUGGGGAUUUCAACUCCCUGAACUAUACAAACUAGCCGUCAGAUUUUACAAAGAGAAAAAUGGGAAAGCAUUGAAACUGAAAUACCAAGAUAAACUUCGAUUAGUGGCAUACACAAAACAGGCUACAUAUGGAAAAUACAGAAAUGAUGUGUCCCCUGAAGUGGGAUUUCUGGAUGUUGUGGGAAAUGACAGAAGGCAAGCCUGGCAGGCUCUUGGUGACAUGUCUCAGACCACUGCGAUGGCCGAGUUUGUGAAACAGUUAGACUCACUGUGUCCAUUGUUCAGGCCAUUCACUGAGGCCCACAAUGCUGAAAAACAGGAACAGGAGAGGAAAAGACAUGAGGAAGAGGAUCGUUUACGUAGAGAGGCGGAGGAGAAAGAGAGGCGGCGACUUGAGGAGGAGGCUCAGCAACAGCUAGAGCUCCAGAAACAGAAACAGCUUGAGCAAGAGAUGCAGAUUCGAGCUGCUCUCAACCAGCAGACAGCUGUCCAGUUUGCCCAGUACGCCCAGCAGCAGUGUCCCAAUAAUAAGCAACAACAAGAAGAGUUGAUUCGACAGCUGCAAGAGCAACAUUAUCAGCAGUACAUGCAACAGGUGUACCAGCAACAGCUAAUGCACCAGCAACAGCAGUAUCAACAGAUGCAGCAACAGGCCGGCAACACAGCACCAGCCCCUCCCUCACAGCCUGCCCCUCCCAGUCAACAAAUGGAGUCACCCCCCACCCAGCAGCCAGCUAGUCAACCCACAGAAGUUGCCUCACCCCCACCACAGGCCAAUUCAGUCACCCCCAAUGGAACAGAAGGGACCACAGAGAAGAGGCAAGAAGGAGAAGGCCAGGUUGCACCUCCGGCACUGUUAAUGCCGGCCUCAGUCUGGACCCGCAAGGACAUCCAAUCUUUCAAAGACAGCGUAAAACACUGUCAAGAAAAUGUUAUUAAGAUUGGUUCCCUGGCAACGGCCACCGUGAGGGUACCCACCCACGAGGACGGGACCUGUCUGUUCUGGGAGUUUGCCACAGACUACUAUGAUAUCGGCUUCGGUGUGUACUUUGAGUGGAUGAUCGCUCCAAGUACGACAGUGAGCGUGACGGUCAGUGAGUCCAGCGAUGAGGAAGAGUUCGACGAGGAGCAAGACCCAAAGAAUGACGUUGAACAAGGUACCAAGAAAGAGGACCGUCCCCCGACAGACGAGAUUAUUCCCGUGUACCGUCGAGACUGCCAUGAAGAGGUGUACUGUGGAAGCCACGCCUACCCAGGACAAGGCGUGUAUCUGUUGAAAUUUGACAAUUCCUAUUCCCUGUGGCGGUCAAAGACACUAUAUUACAGAGUGUACUAUAGCCGAUAAGUUCUUUUAAUUCAUAAUGGAUUCAGUGUACGGAAAAAAAUCUGUUGUUUAUUUUGGUUUGUUGCCAAAUGUGAUAUAUCAUGCUUUAUGAUAACUAUACUUCAUAGUGAAUGACAGUAUCAUUCAGAUCACUGUUGAUGGGGGAAAUACAUUUUGAAUUUUAGACAAGUGGACUAUGGACAGUGGUUGUUAUAUGGCUUGAUAAUAGCUACGCUGUGGGUCAUCUCUAGCUUCAUCUAGAAAUCUCUUGAAAGCCACUUUCAUAAUCUUGUUGAGUUUAACUCAAGAAUUUUUUUUAUUUUUCUUGCCUAAAUUUUUGUCGUAGAUUCCAAUGAAUGAGAAAAAAAAUAAUUGCAUCAUUAAUUUUACCUUCAUUUACUUUUAGAGAGGCAUGUACAUUGUAAUAUAAUGGCAAAAACAAUAUCAAACACACAUUUAGAAAGCAUUCAAAAUACAUGUACAAUCAAAAUAACUCACUUAAUAAUGCUAGUCAAUAAUUACUAGAGUUUCUCAAAUAGUUGAUAUUUAGACUUAAGGAAAUGAGAGUCAUCAAUAGUACAUGUACAUGUAUUAACCAGGGGUAGAUUUUUUUAAAAAUUCAAUUUUCUUUUCAAACAAUAGGUUUUACCAGAAUUGUAAUUGCAGCAUAAUUCUAUUGAAGUUUUUAUAUUGAAUACAUGUUAUGUGAAGAGUGUAGAGUACAGUUGAAAAAGGUGGAUGCUUAAGAUAGAACUGCAAUUCUUUAAUGUGUUCUGUCAUUAGAAUAAUGUAUAACGAAUUUGCCUCUUGUGAUGUGUUUAACAUUCUUUAUUUAUAUGUAGUAUGAGUUUGUUUUUAUAUUAUUUAAUCGUGACGAAAUGUAUGUUUAGGAGUAUUAAAGAUAAUAACAUAUACACAAAUGUAUGUGAAAUGUGUAAAAGUAUUUAUGAAAUGUAAAACUAAGACAUAUCUUAUAUGUAUUAAUGAAACAAGUUUUGAAGUAGGUGGGUUUCAUAUGAAUUUAUAUUGCAUUAUUUCUCUUUCAAUCUGUUUUUGAAUUCUUCAUUUAGUUUGAUGGAGAAAACAAAUACAUACUAAACGUAAACCAAAUACUUAAGCUAUCCAGAUGUGUGGGGUUUUUUUGGUUUUUUUUCAUGAUGGUACAUUUUUUAUUAUUUUUACUGUAAAUGCAUUUUUAUUUAGAAUUAUAUAUCAAGAUUUUGUUGUUAUCAAGCGUUUUCUGACAGCUGAUAUGAUACUUUCACCAUCAAAGACCUGUCAACUGUACACACAAGUAUAUAUGUUUUGGCUGCUAUAGUGAUUGUGUAUUCUCAGUGUUUCUGCAUGGAAUUAUUGAGGCAUUUUUACUGUAAGCAAAUUUAUACAUUACAUUUACAAAAUGACAAGAAAGUUGAAAUCAGUUAUGCUUAAUAGCAGGGUUACUGCCCAUGGGCUUAUCGAUUUCGUUUACUCAGCACAUAAUUGUAAUAUGUUAUCUGAACACUGCAUUUUGUGGGACACAAGUUUUCCAUGGUCACAUUUUAAGGCAGUGCUGAUCAUUAUGAUGACAGUUGCCUGUUUUGUGUAAUCCUGCCCCACCCCCUAUUUCUCGGACUGCCCAGUAUUUUGUACUUUGGUCAGCAAUGUCGUUACAUUGUUGUCAGACUGUAAAUCCAUGUUAUAUAUUGUAAAUUGUAGUUAAUAUAUUAAUGAAAUGUUGGUCAUUGAUCAUUAAUGAAAAAAAAAUGAAAAUAAAUGUUUUCAGACUUAAAAA